UAUGGCGUUCUCUACAGUCUCGGGGAGUCCAGGAGUGACGAGCGGCCUGACCAAUGGGAGCAGCGCCUGGGCCAGAGGGGGCGGGCUCUCUGCGAAAGGACUGGAAGGUGGCGGUGGCGAAGGCGCAGGCCGUUGGGGCCGGUCGGAGGCAGGUGACUAUGAAAGGCUUAUAUUUUCAACAGAGUUCUACAAAUGAGGAAAUAACAUUUGUAUUUCAAGAAAGGGAAAAUCUUCCUGCUACAGAGGAUUACUAUGUGAAACUUCAAGUUAAAGCUUGUGCUCUGAGCCAGAUAAAUACAAAGCUUCUAGCAGAAAUGAAGAUGGAGAAGGAUUUCUUUCCUGUUGGGAGAGAAGUUGCUGGAAUUGUGUUAGAUGUUGGAAGCAAAGUAUCAUUCUUUCAACCAGAUGAUGAAGUCGUUGGAAUUUUACCCCUGGAUUCUGAGGACCCUGGACUUUGUGAAGUUGUCAGAGUACAUGAGCAUUACUUGGUUCACAAACCAGAAAAAGUUACCUGGGCAGAAGCUGCUGGAACCAUUCGGGAUGGAGUACAAGCCUAUACAGCUCUGCAUUAUCUUUCUCAUCUCUCCCCUGGAAAAUCAGUGCUGAUAAUGGAUGGAGCAAGUGCACUUGGUACAAUAGCUAUUCAGUUAGCACACCACAGAGGAGCCAGAGUGAUUUCAACAGCAUGCAGCCUCGAAGACAAGCAGUACCUUGAAAGACUUCGGCCUUCUCUAGCCCGAGUGAUCGAUCUAUCUAAUGGGAAAGCCCAUGUUGCUGAAAGCUGCUUAGAAGAAACAGGUGGCCUGGGAGUAGAUAUUGUCCUAGAUGCUGGAGUGAGAUUAUACAGCAAAGAUGAUGAACCAGCUGUAAAAUUACAGCCACUGCCACAUAAACAUGAUAUCAUCACACUCCUUGGUGUUGGAGGCCAUUGGGUAACAACAGAAGAAAACCUGCAGGUACAGCAUCACUUCUGCACCAAAAGGAUGUCAGUAACAAAGAAGAAUGCCUGUCUUUUGAGUUGGAUCCUCCAGAUAGCCAUUGCCUUUUCCUCAAGGGAGCAACGGUGGCUUUCCUUAACGAUGAAGUUUGGAAUUUGUCAAACGUACAACAGGGAAAAUAUCUUUCUACGUAUCUUAAAAGAUGUGAUGGAGAAGUUAUCAGCUGGUGUUUUUAGGCCUCAGUUGGAUGAACCCAUUCCACUAUAUGAGGCAAAAGUUUCCAUGGAAGUUGUUCAGAAAAACCAAGGAAGAAAAAAGCAAGUUGUUCAAUUUUAAUUUUAUUUCUCUGACCUCAGUUGGAUGAACCCAUUCCAGUAUUUGAAGCUGGAGUUUCCUCGGAAAUUGUACAGAAAAGUCAAGGAAGAUAAAAGCAAGUUCCAUUUUUAAACAUGUUUUCCUGCUGAAACAAGAUGCUCAGAGUUAUUUGAAGUAUUUGAAAAAUUAUUGUACGAACGGGUCAAGACAAUUCUGUAAUUAACAUCUAAAGGGAAUGUUCUGAGCGCCUUUUUAGUUAUUGUUUCUAUACAUUUGGCUCUGUUACAACAUUGUUUCCAUGAAGAAACUGCUUUCAGCAAAAGCCACGCUACUCUUGAUAAAGCUGUCUUUUGCUAUCUGAAAAUAACGUUAUUACUUUUGUAUCAACUCCAUUCUCAACACCCCUUAACAAGUCUUUGCUGUCGUAAUUUAA